AUGCAAGACACGUUCACAACACUUGAGGCUGCGUGUUCUUUUCUACAAUCAAUAGCCUCGCUCUUCUACACGUUUCCUACAGCCCGUGAACUCUUAAUUGGUCUAUCAUCACCCUUCAUCAUGCAUGGACCAUACAUCAUAUCAAAUCAAAUCCAUCCAUAG